AUGACGAUUUCUUCAACCCCACAUUUCGUCAUAUUUCCGUUCAUGUCUCAAGGCCAUACCAUCCCCCUCCUCUACCUUUCCCGCAUCCUCUCCGAUCGCCAUAUCUCCGUCACCAUAAUUACCACCCCCGCCAACCACUCCACCAUUCGAGCCACCGUCAAGAACGACUCCAUCUCCAUCAUAGACAUCCCCUUCCCGGAUAACAUUGUCGGUGUCCCUCCCGGAGUAGAAGUUACCGACAAACUACCGUCUAUGACUUCUUUCAUUAGUUUCGUGGAAGCGACAGAAAAACUCCAGCCUAGAUUUGAAGAAGUCAUCCGGAGUCUGCCGCCGGUCACCUGCAUAAUCUCCGAUGGGUUUCUAAUGUGGACACAAGACUCCGCCGAUAAGCUAGGCAUCCCCCGUUUAGUUUUCUACGGAAUCAACAACUUUUCCACGGCCAUAUGUAAUAUCAUGGCCAAGUUCAAGCCACAUGCAGCGGUUAGUUCCGAUGACGAGCCGUUUCCUGUUCCAAACUUCCCUCGACUCAAGUUAACAAGGAACGACUUUGAACCACCGUUUAACGAGCUCAACCCAAAAGGUCCAGCGCUGGAGUUUAUCCUUAGGCAGCAUGAGUCUAUAGCCAAGAGCCAUGGCAUGGUGGUUGUAGUGGUUAACAGCUUUUACGAGCUCGAACCAGAGUUCGUUGAUUACUGGAACCAAAAUUACGCACCUAAACCGUGGUGUGUGGGACCUCUCUGUGUAGCCAAGCCACCCGGACCGGAAAGGUUCGUGGAAAAGCCAACUUGGGUCCAGUGGCUCGACGCGAAACUCACAGCAAACGAACCGAUGUUAUACGUGUCGUUUGGCUCACAGGCAGAGGCCACGCCGGAGCAGUUACGUGAGGUGGUUGUUGGGUUAGAACGGUCGAACGUAAGCUUCAUGUGGGUGAUAAAAUCUAAGCAGUUGAUGUUGAUCGAAGAUGGGUUCGAGGAGAGGGUGAAGGGGAGGGGGAAGGUGGUGACGGAAUGGGUGGACCAGGUGGAGAUUUUGAAUCAUGAAAUCGUUCAUGGUUUUCUGAGUCAUUGUGGGUGGAACUCGAUGUUGGAGAGCAUGUGUGCAGGUGUGGCGGUGUUGGCAAUGCCGAUGAUAGCGGAGCAGCACCUGAAUGCGAGGAUGGUGGUGGAGGAGAUUGGGAUUGGGCUACGAGCGUGGCCAAGGGGGAUGGUGGCGCGUGGGAUUGUGGGGGCGGAGGAGGUGGAGAGGAAGGUGGUGGAAUUGAUGGAAGGGGAGGGUGGUAGAAGGGUGAGGAAGAGGGUGAAGGAGGUGAAGGAAAGUGCGUAUGAUGCAAUGAAAGAAGGAGGAUCAUCAUGGCGAACGUUAGACUCGUUGAUCAAUCACGUUUGUGGACAUAUGCAUUCGACGAUUUAG